UUACAGGUGUUGCGUUAUGGUAUGGAGAAAUGCGAUCAAAAUUGUAAUCGCAACUAGCGAAGCUUUGAGUAAAGCUUUCACUCGUGCUGUACGAGAAGAAAUUAGAGCAAGUCAGCAAGCUGCAACCAAUCGUGCUCAUCAGACUGGUCAAAAUCAGAAUGAAGCUCGUGAGGCGAGUCGAACAAACGCGAGACUUGGGAUAUCUUUGCAGGAAGCGAUGAAAAUCCUGAAUGUGCAAGACCCACUGAAGCCCGACGAAGUGGAAAAGAAUUAUAAGCAUUUAUUUGCCAUAAAUGACAAAACUAAAGGAGGUUCAUUGUACCUGCAGUCUAAAGUAUAUCGUGCAAAGGAGCGGAUAGAUGAAGAAUUACAAAAACGGUCCGGACCUGACAUUAUUCAGGAAGCAAAGGAAGUGAAAAAGAGUGAAAAAAGUUGAUAGUAAGUUUGUUUAGGUAGUAUUUAUUGACUUCUAGCUAACAUGGUGAUCUAUUUCUGUACCUUUUUGCCGCGAGGUGUUUUUCGUUACAUUUUAGAAGUGUUCGAGCUUGUUCAAUGAUAUUUUUUGUUUUGAAAUUUUUUUUCUCAGUCUACUUGUUUGCUUGGUAGUAAGUCUUGGAUGAAAUGUGUUCCGAUGAUACUGGAGAUGAACCGGUCUUGGAACACUCAAGUUUAUUAUUUUGUAGAGGCGGGAAAUGGGAAAGGG